GAUCACUUACCACUAGGGUUUACAACUUGAAACGUAUAUACUUUGCAUAGAAAGAGCUCACCUAUCAAAAGGUUAGCAAAAUGGAGGCCCCUGUGUGGCAAUUAUUUACCAGUCAAGGCCUUCGUCAGCGUUGGCUCCCUUCUUGUCUGCCCAGCUAUCAAGGAAGAAGACGGCCCAAACCGUGGCAGCGAAGUCAUGCAGCCAGCGCAAGAGGUGCCGCCUAAGAUUUUACCACUUUGUGCGGAUUUUCUCCAGUAUUUUUUUAAUAAUUUGUUGCAGUUGCGUGGUCGAGCUCGCGGAGAUGCGACUCAGUUCAUGUCAAGCAUGUCGUCAAUGUCUUGUGCAGACUAUUGGCCUUGUUAUCCGCAGAGGCGCUGA